UAAACGCCCCUUCGAGUCCUCCUGCUGCUGCUCUACCCCUCAUCGGAGGAGAGAGAGAGAGAGACGCACCUCAUUGUUUUCUUGUUUGUUUGACGAGAUGCACAACAAGGGACUGAAGGCCUCGUCUUUCGCAGUCUUCGAAGUAGACGCAACCUAUUAGUCUCGACAGGGACAGCAAGGUGUUGAAUCCCUUACAUCCCUUACGGCAGAUGCGCUUAGUGGGCACUCAAGAAGAGACGACGGGGGCGGGAGCAGAGACUGCCUGAGCGCGGGCGACUCUGGUAGAAGGCGGAGACCAGAACAGUGACCGUAGUAGACUCUAUUUUUCUUAGGUUUCCCCCAACUACUCUGCAUCCGAGUCGGUGUCCUCUUGCUUCCGAUUCAAAAGGCAGCGCCUUGCGUUAUUGGGCUUCGCCGACCUGUUUGAAGAAUGGGUUGUUUCCAUUUCAUCAGAGAAAGAAACAGAUACAGGAAACGGAGAGCUUCCGCCCCCAUGCCCAGCUCGGUGCCCAUGUACUCGCCGACAUCGAACGAGGUGACUAGCAGAUCAGAGGAUUCGACGACUGCGAAGCAGACGAGCAAGUCAUCAGGUUCCGUGUCCUCCCAGAAAAGCAUUCCCGAGUUGUAUGAGGAGAGGGCGCAUAACCUGCGUGUUUUUGAGCUCAAGGAGCUCCGGAACGCAACCAAUGAUUUCAGCAGGCUGCUCAAGAUUGGAGAGGGUGGGUUUGGGAGUGUGUACAAAGGCUUUGUCAAGCCCCCCGACCGGAAGGGCGAUGGCACCAUAGUGGCAAUCAAGAAGCUUAACCCGCAAGGCUUGCAGGGUCACAAACAAUGGUUAGCAGAAGUCCAGUUCCUUGGUGUUGUUGAGCACCCAAAUCUGGUCGAGCUGAUCGGGUACUGCUCGGUGGACAGCGAAAGUGUGCCACAGAGGAUGUUGGUUUACGAAUUUAUGCCUAAUAAGUCACUGGAAGAUCAUUUGUUCAACAGAGCAUAUCCAUCUCUUCCUUGGAGCACGAGGUUGCAGAUAGCCCUGGGUGCCGCAGAAGGAUUGGCAUACUUGCAUGAGGGGAUGGACGUCCAGGUCAUCUACCGGGAUUUCAAAGCCUCUAAUGUACUAUUAGAUGAGGAGUUUAGACCAAAGCUCUCGGACUUUGGCUUAGCAAGGGAGGGGCCGUCGGAAGGUCACACUCAUGUAACCACGGCGGUGAUGGGGACAUACGGCUACGCUGCUCCAGACUAUGUGGAGACCGGCCAUCUCACGGCGAAGAGUGAUGUUUGGAGCUUUGGAGUCGUGCUAUAUGAGAUCCUUACGGGCAGGAAGUCGAUGGAGAGAAAUCGGCCGAAAACCGAGCAAAAGCUCUUGGACUGGGUGAAAGCAUUUCCUGCAGAGAGUGGGAGGUUCAGCAUGAUCAUGGAUCCCAGGCUGGAGAACAAAUAUUCUCUUAGGGCUGCUCGAGAGAUCGCCAAGCUGGCGGAUGUCUGCCUCGCCAAGCUCGCCAGAGACCGCCCGAAGAUGAGCGAGGUGGCGGAAAGCUUAAGAGGAGCGAUGCAGUACAAGGAGUUGGACGGCCAAGUGGAGCCUCUUGAGGGGACUUCUCCGGUUCACUCGGAGUCGGAUGAUCGUAGUAACACCGGUGUGGCUUCCGCUAGACGGCGAAUGCUUCACCUAGAGAAGCUGGGGGAGAAGGCAAACGUCGUCGGCAGGAGAAGGUUUGUGGUAAUGAAGGCUUCGAAUCAAACAUGACAUGAUGUCUUGUUGGUAUCUUCUCGUGCUAUGGUUUUCCUCCUUCUUCCGCUGUAUAAUAAGUUUGUUGUUGAGUCGGCAGAUGAUGUGCUUAAUUUACUGCAUUCUGACGCAGGGAGGCAAGCGAUCGGAGUUAGAACUCAUGUCCACAUAUGCAUGCUAAUCAACGAUUGCUUCUUUCAAAGCUA